AUGGAGAUGGAGUCACACUACAAUGCUAGAAAUCCGAGACUAACUGAGAGCCUUGAACGGCUACGUGAGGAAACUAGCAAAGACACCACACUGAACACAUUACACAAAGUAAUUGUCAACGGGUGGCCAGCAGACAGAACAGACAUCCCAGAGUCUUUGCACCCCUGCUGGAAUUACGGGAACGAGCUGUCAGUAAAAAAUGGCAUUUACAAAGGAGCCAAAGUUAUGCUACCUCAGUCGAUGCAAAAGGACAUGCUUUGCAAUAUCCACGCCAAACACUUUGGUGGAGAAUCGAAGAUAUGUAUGGUACGUGAAGUCCUCUUUUGGGCAGGAAUGCAAAAGUCCAUCCAAGACGUGUGA